AUGCUCGUCCCGAAGAGAACCAUCGAGUGUCCCCCGAAAGUCUUUCCUCUCAGGUCCGGGAGUCCAGGCCUCAGAAAAAAACUCUUGCAGUCGCCUUCAGGGCAUUGCUUCCGGAGCCGAGGCUCUCAGGAAGCAAGCCCGAAGGUGACGCCGAAGCACCAGCGCGGUGCUGACGACGUCACGCCGGAGCGCGUGCUACAGCGCAUCUCCGGUCUCAUGACGGAGAUGACAGCAAUGGAAAGUUCACUGGAGAAUCUCCGCGAGCAGAUGGAGAAGGAGGAGGCACACGAUCUCGACCUCGAGCCCUUGCUGGAGUUAGAAGAAGAGGCUUCAAGCCGCUCGCAGCUCCGAAACAGGAGCCACGCUCGCGUCUGCGCAGCCGCCUUCCUGCAUCUUUAUCUUGGCUGGAAGAAGCAGCAGGGCUCCAAGGGUGCCACUCUCAUCAUUGGUGACCUUCGAGCUUUGCCAUACUCCGAGGCUCGCAAGGGGCGUCCCAGCAUACCGAUGCAAAGCCGCAGCAACGCCCCGAAGCGAGUUAAGAGCAGCUCAGCCGAUGUGGCAAGCCCAGUGGCCGGGCCGUUGAGAUCGGUGCAAAAACCUGCCUCCCUGGGUUUCCUCGCGCACGGUGGUCCCGGUGAGAGGCAGAUGAGAGAGCAAAUGCUCCAGAUGCGGGCGGCAGCUGCUGCCGCAUCGGCGGGUCGACAGGCUCUUGCACGAAGGCCUCGUCCCACAGUGGAAGAAGAGGCGAGGCUUGAAGCUAGCAUACAUGACUACACCAAGGAGGCAAUAGAGGAAGCGGGUGACUCGAGCACCGUCUCGUGCUGGAGUGGGGAUGAUCGAUCCAGCGAGGUGGUUAUGGAGCUUGGGCAUGGCACAGAUGACGAUACUCUCGGCGUGAGCUCCCCCGUCUCCGACUUCGACUUCGAGGCGGCGGACCGGAGCCGUUUGCUCCUCCUUUCCUUGACUUUGGACGUGUCUGUCCAGGAAGGCGGCGCUGGGGUGGGGCAGGGCAGUGAACUAGCGCAGACUUUUAUGCUUCCGGUCCAAGCCUCGGACAUUUUCUUCCUCCGGUGCAGCGUAGAGGAAGCCAAUGGCCACUCCUGCAGCAGGCUUGCGCUGAAUCUUUCUUUAGAGGUUCAGGUGAAGGGAGAUGCUAAGUUUCGAUACGGCAUUCUGGCCCUGGCUGCCUUGGGCAUGUGUAAAGAAGUUGUGAUGUCCCGGCAGAUGCAAGUCAUGUACAGCUGCCGGCACCCCUCUCAUGACAUCCAGAGACCCGUGACGCUUCUCAUUCUCGGGGACUCGCCACAGCCACCAUUCUGCAUUGCCCGCGAGACCAGAAGUUACUUGAGCCGCAACAAGCAGAACCAGCCAGCAGCACUUUCCGUGCAGGUUGCAACCAUGUCCUCCAACGUGAUGUCCGUUGCCGCGCUAGCGCCCAAGCAUCCAAGCACCUGGCUCUGGGCUCUGAAUUCGUGCCUGGCCCGUGCUCUCUUCAGAUUCCUCCACCUCCCAAUCCUCGGAGACCUUCGCCACCACCACCAGAUCACCACCCGGACAGCUGUCAUUGUCAUUGCGCCGGUCAUGGGCAUGUCCAGAACGAUGCGCUGCGGAAUUGAGGCAGCGGGUGCAUUCUGCACACUAGUGGCUGUCGUUGCAGCGACGCGAAUCAGCCUCGACAGCAGCCAUGCGUCCCUGGGCCACUUUGAAGUCCCACGCGAACAGAUCGCUACACGAAUGGCCUCAAAGGAGGCAAGAGCCAUGGAACUUGGACCCCGACGCAAGGUGCGGUUCGACCAUGGGAAGCGGGUCGAGGCCAAGCUUUUUGCCCUCCUCCAGCGCUUGUCCCCAUCGGUGCGGCAAUUCGCGCUGCAGAGCUUCAAUCAAGCUCAACGACUGGCACUGGAGAGGUGGAUCUUGGCCGAGAGAGCCGGAGAAUCAUCGCGGCCCUCGCCCGCGGUGCGGAAUCGCAGCCUAGCAGGCCGUGCUUCAUCCCGCCCUUCACAGAAGGGCAGGCAAGGCAAAUCUGGCAUGGCUGGGCUCCACCUCCACCAAAGGGGCCAGAAGCGGUACUACCGCGCAAGUGUCGUGGCUGGACCCUUUUGCUUGAAGACGGGUCUGACGCAGGGAGCCGACAAAGCACGUCGCUUCCUGGAGGCCUUGCUGCGCAUACGGGCUCGGGUCCUGACAUCUUUGCUCCAGGAGCCUGCUUGCACGGAGCAAGGCCUGGAAGCUCUGGAGGUCGCUUUCCGGAGUGCCAUCCAGGAGGAGCUCACUGGCCUCGGCUCCGGAAGGCUUUAUUUCUACGCCAACAUUCCGGCCAGCUACUGGGUUGGCCAGGCCCUGACUACACCACACUUUCCGGUGCUCGGCGAAGGUCUCGACCACGGGCUUUGGACUCAAGAAGCUGCGACACCACUCUCAAAAGGGCAUGCAGCUGGACCUCUCAAGAGCACUGUGGCUCUGCUCAGCUAUUUGGGUUCUCAGACCACCUCUUUGCGAAUCUGCUUUCGGCCGUCUCUCUUGGAAGCCAUGGCAAGCAUGAUGGGUGGUAUGGGUGAUGCCAUGAAGGAGCAGGCCAAGAAGAAGAUUGAGGACGAGAUGGCAGACAAAGCACCUGGCUCCAUUAAGCCCUUCUUUCCUUGCUGCGGCGGUCCGGUCGGAACCAUGGAUAAGUGCAUCUGCAUGGUCCCCGCGGAUCAGCAGGAGCAGGUGAAGAGUGCCAUUGACACCCAGUAG